UGAACACGGAACUAGGCUUAAGAUAGUCUAGUACAUGUGCUGUCGAUCGGGCAUGACAGACUUGCCAGCCGCUCCGAAUGGUGUGUUCAGCUUACCAGCCCCGUUGGCCGCAUUACAUGCAGUAUUGGGCCUCGCUCACUCAGUCUCCUCUCAAAAGGGGGCAGGCGUCAAUAUCUCCGAGUCAAAUGCAGCGCCUUAGUGCCGAACCAUUGGUAUACGAACCACGGGCGUCAUAUCUCCCGAUGCUGAGACAGAAAGCGCCCUUGAAGACUGUCCUUGGAAGUUCAAAGAAUAAUCGAUAUAAAAACUUGGCAACUGUGGCAGCUUACCAAGUCUGUAUCAGUGGGACGCUGUCUAUCUAGCCGGACGCAGAGCCCGAUUGCCAAGAGUCAUUGACUCAGGCGGCGUUUCAGAUGAUGAGAUCUCUUGUCAGGUCCAAGGCGUUGAGGCUGAAGUACACAUAUGGGUCACAAGCUACGGACAAUUAUCCGAACGGGUGUCGUAUGUCGCACAAGGCUGCUAUGCAAUUCGAUAUUCAAUGCCGAGUACUUCCAAAUCC